AUGUUAGUUUGGAUUCAUCUUCUUACCUGUUUAUGCGAUAAAAAAUAUUUCUUAAAAGACGUUAAACGUAAAUUUGCAGUACUUAAGGGUGAUAUUGCGUCUUUAAAAAGAACACUUGAAGGGCCACAAGAUUUGUAUGUAACAGAAAGUAUGUGGUCAGUAAUGACCCGUAUAAUUAUUAAAAAUUUUAAAGGAAAAUCUACUGAAGAGGGUUUUGCUAGAAUGAAUGAGAUUUAUGAAGGAUUUAAAAGGAUUGCUGAACUUAUGGAAGAAUUAAAUGUGGAUAGUAUAGACGUAAGCGUUCCUGAAAGAAGUUGUAUGUUUUGUAAGGGAUCUUAUUAUGCAGCGAACACUGAACUUUUAAGUCUUGCUGAGAAAUAUGACUUUGCAGAAUUUUUGAUACAAUACGUAGUUUAA